UCCUUCCUGUUCCCCUGGUGGCCCCUCGCUCCUUCCUUCUGGAUGGGGGCCCAGGGGGCCCAGGAGAGUAUAAAGGCGAUGUGGAGUAUAAAGGCACAACCAGACGCCCAGUCACAAGCGAGAGCCCUGGGAUGCGCCGGCCAGAGGCCAUGCUGCUGCUGCUCACGCUUGCCCUCCUGGGGGGCCCCACCUGGGCAGGGAAGAUGUAUGGCCCUGGAGGAGGCAAGUAUUUCAGCACCACUGAAGACUACGACCACGAAAUCACAGGGCUGCGGGUGUCUGUAGGUCUUCUCCUGGUGAAAAGUGUCCAGGUGAAACUUGGAGACUCCUGGGACGUGAAACUGGGAGCCUUAGGUGGGAAUACCCAGGAAGUCACCCUGCAGCCAGGCGAAUACAUCACAAAAGUCUUUGUCGCCUUCCAAGCUUUCCUCCGGGGUAUGGUCAUGUACACCAGCAAGGACCGCUAUUUCUAUUUUGGGAAGCUUGAUGGCCAGAUCUCCUCUGCCUACCCCAGCCAAGAGGGGCAGGUGCUGGUGGGCAUCUAUGGCCAGUAUCGACUCCUUGGCAUCAAGAGCAUUGGCUUUGAAUGGAAUUAUCCACUAGAGGAGCCGACCACUGAGCCACCAGUUAAUCUCACACACUCAACAAAGUCACCCGUGGGUCCCUAGGGUGGGGUAUGGGGCCAUCUGAGCUGAGGCCAUCUGGGUGGUGGUGGCUGAUGGUACUGGAGUAACUGAGUCGGGAUGCUGAAUCUGAAUCCACCAA